GGUAGAUGUCAGUGUCAAGAACGAUUUGAAGGUGAAGCAUGCGAAAUUGAGCCAUGUUUACACGGUGGUAGAAAAUCGAAGACUGGCAAAUGCCAUUGUCCCUAUGGCUUGACCGGUGAAAGAUGUGAAAAGGUAACACAAUGUAUCGAAGGCAAGGGGAAGCUGGAAAACGGUCGGUGUAAAUGUGAGAACCGAUGGACCGGAAUAUUUUGUCAGUCUCGAAUGUGCCAUAAUGGGAUUUCUGUUGGAUCCGAAGGACAGAUGGAUAGCUUCUGUCUCUGUGACAUAGGUUUCACUGGUCCAUUUUGUGAGACACCAAUCGAAUGCAUCCAUGGCAGUAUUACGGUCGAGAAUCUCUGUUCUUGUGUACAGAACUGGACUGGCGAAGACUGCAAUCAGUGUGCUUACGAACAUCAAUUGAUCGAUGGUGACUGUAAAUUGAUUACUACAGAAAAUUCUCUGGUAGCCGUACGGAAUUCGAAAGCAGCUACAUUAUGGUCCCUUAUUUUGGUAAUUGCAGCAGCAUCCUUUUCUACGAUACUCAUUACUGUCGUAAUUACGAUUUAUAUGAAGAAAUGCAAAAGCAAACCAAGUAGGGUCGGUUCUGAUGCUGGGACUGAUGUUUAG